CCAGAAAAAAAACAUUUUUUGACAGACAGUCCAGGUAUUUUUCGAUAACUUUUGGUUUAAUAAAUAGUUAAAGAAUCAUUAUCACUCGGUUUAUGAAAAAUAGCUCGUUAAUUGUACAUUUGUAAGUAAUUUGAUUCAUAGGCGAAAAUUGCGAAAAAAAAAAGUUUAACACGUCAAUAUGGAAAGUAAUCGUGACGAAGCUGAAAGAUGCAUACAAAUUGCAGCGCAAUCAUUGCGGGAAUUUAAAUUGGAAAAAGCGGAAAAAUUUCUAAAAAAAGCUGAAAAACUUUAUCCAUCACAAAAGGCAAAAGAUUUGUUGGAAAAGGUGUUAGCAUCAGCUCAAAAUAAUACAAAUGAAACUGACUCAAUACCAAAGGACGGCGAUUCAACACGACGACGAAAAUCAGCUGCCUCACCCUCCCGAAAACCGCAAUCGUCGGAGCCUGACUAUACGCCCGAGCAAUUACAGCAUGUUAAACGAAUUCAGAGUUGUAAGGAUUAUUAUGAGGUACUAAAAGUUUCGAAAGAUGCGACAGACACCGAUAUUAAAAAGUCAUACAAAAAACUUGCGUUGGUAUUGCAUCCAGAUAAAAAUAGAGCGCCUGGUUCAGCCGAGGCUUUCAAAGCUGUUGGAAAUGCUGUUGCAAUCUUAACAGAUGCGGAGAAACGAAAGUCCUACGAUUUGUAUGGUUCCGAUGAUCAACAGAACAUAAGCCGAGGUGGUGGCGGUGGCGGCGGUUAUAAUCAUCACAGAACGUACCAAUAUGGAUACACUCGCGGAUUUGAAGCUGAUGUUACAGCAGAAGAAUUAUUUAAUAUUUUCUUUGGUGGUGGAGCGUUUCCCACACAAAACGUUUAUUCUAAUCGUCAACGUCGCUUUCACCGUCAAAACCACGAAGAGCGUGAGCCUGGUUACACAGCUCUGUUCAAUUUAAUACCAAUUUUACUGUUGAUUUUACUAUCGGGAAUGUCAUCGUUCUUUAUUUCGGAUCCAAUUUACAGUUUAACACCUAGUUCAAAAUACACGAUUGAAAGACGAACAGUUAGUACCAAUAUUCCCUAUUUUGUAACCGAGAAUUUCCAUGAGUAUCAAGGAUCGCUGGGAAGGUUAGAGGCAGCCGUUGAAGAUGAAUAUAAAACAAAUUUGAGAUAUGCAUGCAAUAGAGAACGAAAUUAUAAGGAGUCAAUGAUGUCGAAGGCGAGAAAUUUUGGUAGCAAAGAUUUAUAUAGAAAAGCACAACUAAUUGAAACGCCUUCGUGCAAGAAAUUUGAAGAUUUUAAGCUAAAUGGACGUUUUUAGAUUGUUUUUUGAUCAAUCUAAAUUAUUUAUUGAGUUUUCUUUGUUGUUUAGUUAUUAUGCUUAUCAAAUUAUGGAAUUUGUUCAGUAUUUUGAUGUAUAAAAAAAAAAAUUUGGACUUUUCAUAUUCUCAAGAAUUUUUUUCCCUCGAACCAAAAACAGUGUUGAACUCGAAAACGUUCUUGCUU